AUGGACUCUAAGAAGAGCCGAUAUGGAAGGUUCAUGAAUAGCAGAGUUCCAUCCAGUGAGAGAUAUCGACCUACAGACUAUGAACAUGCUGCGAACUGUGCCACCCAUGGAGUCUGGAUCAUCCCCAGCCUGGUGGGCGGGUCUGUACUCUACUUCCUGUCUGUGGACCAAUGGCAGGCUGCUGCUGCCUGGUUGUACGGGGCGGGGCUUAGCGGUCUAUUCAUCUCCUCCACUCUGUUUCACACCGUGGCCUGGAAGAUCAGACACCUCCGUAUAGUGGAGCAGCGUUUCCACAUGUGUGACAGAAUGGCCAUCUACUUCUUCAUCGCUGCUUCCUACACCCCUG